GAGGCGAUAGCUUAACUCUCGCCACUGUCGCGAUUCGUUUAGUUCCCCGAUGUUCCGCGUUUGUUCAGUUGGCGUGUCCUCUCGCGCCGCUACUAAAACGAUUGGUCAUCUGUCUGCUAGGGAACGUGGGGAAGGGGGGGUGUGCUUGCUGCAGCUUUAAACCGGUUCAUUGUUUUACAUAUUACAAAUGCUGACAGAUUAUAAUCGUAAAGUCACGACGCCUAACGUAUUUCGGGCGAAUUUUGCAAUUAAAUGGUCGAGCUAGUGUCCGCAAUUUAAAACUUUUAUUGCAGUACAGUUUAAGGCCUGCUGCUGCUGUGCUAACAGCCCAUUGCAAUUAUUAUUUGCAUGGCGUAAGAAAGCAGUUACCGAUUACGUUCGUUGUUUCAAAAUGUAUAUUUUUACAUUCAAAUGCAGCGUGCUUCACGUGUUUGGUUAAUGAAAUGUAUGGGAUAUUGCAAAAAAAUAACAUUACAUUUACAUUAGUUUCAUUCAAGUGUAUACAUUUUAAAAUUAAAUAUUAGUGAAGGAGCUUUUUGGAAAAAUAUAACGACAUUACAGAAUUGAAACAUUACAUUAGCUAUCGUACAGUAUAUUUGCUUGUAACAGUGCCACGACAUUACUGGCCACUAGGGUGGUAACGAUGCAUCGAUUAUAUCGGGUGUUUAGUUCACCAUGUAUGAAGAAAAUAGACAAGCAAUGUCACAAUAUUUGCAUUAUAUUAAAAUAUAUAUUUUUUUCAUAUACAACCCAUCGGGCCCCACGGCCUUAUGCGAUUGUUUAAAUUCAUCAUUUGUUCAGUCUAAAGCAAAUCUGGACCGGUUUUAACAUUCGGUGUCUCAUCAGUACAGGCUUGAUUGAAUUGAUGCGGGUGAACAUGCCAAAUGUUUAUAGGCUAGGACUUUAUGGGUCCUGGUGUCGAUAUAACAAGCAUGAGUGUCAAAAAUAUGUAUGAGAUUCAGAAAUAUUAAGUCAAAUGAAAACUUUCGUGACUGCAGGAAUUCUUGGUUCUUUCGGUAAAGUCACGUAGAUAGAAAAUUUUAAAAAAUGAAAAUAAAAGCAAAAAACCCACGACGUUUCGAUCGCAACACAAGCGGUCUUCAUCAGGCAGAGAGAAUAGUUUUUUCUUUUUGAAAGAGAUGAGCAAACACGUGGUUUCUUGGUAAUAGUAAUAUCGUUUUGAUUUCAAGCUUUCGUGACUGCAGGGAUUCAUAUUCUGGGUUCUUUCAAUAAAAUAUUGUUUCCCUUCUACGUGACUUUACCGAACGAACCAAGAAUAUGAUAGUAAUAUCGUUUUUGCAUGGGGAAACGUUGGGAAUUAUAAGUACUAGUUCAAGAAUCUCGAAUGCAUUUGAAAAUGUGGCUUCUCGGCAGUGACACUGCCACGACCAUCUGAUAGUGUUACAGGACGUGUGCAAAAGUGCUCCAUGGUUCAUCGGAUUCCUCAAUUCUAAAUAAAGUGUAUGAUUCUAAUCAACUAAUUAGUAAAAUUAUAUCAAUAAAGUAGUCGCAUUAAUUCUGAAAGCAAAUUUGUUGGUGAGUAUGUAAACAUGUCUACAAAUGCAUCCGUGUGAAUAUGUACUCGUGCCAACACGGUUGUGUUUUCUCACAAGCUUGCAUAUUGAUGCCUGGCUUCUGUGUGUGUGCGCGUGUGUGUUAACUUCGAACAGGAACCGUAUCAUGUCCCUUGUCCAGGUGGCGACUCGCUCUCUGAGCGAGUCACCCGUACCUUCACAGGACCAGUCUCCAUCGUCUGCACGCAAAAGCGGACGCAUGCAUUCCAAGCCUCGCGAUGUAGAUGGCUCUGCGAGGAAAGAAGCAACAGAAAAUAUGGAGACCCCAGCUAUUUUACCCAAGAAGAAAGGGCGACCAAGGAAGGAUCAGUCUCUGCCACAGCAGCCUGAGGUAUCCAGGAUGGUGGGUGCAGUGGCGCACGUGUGCACCCAGUGCAGCGUCACCUUCGCCGACAAGGAUCAACUGAAGGAGCACUUGGAGAGCCACGCAGACGGGAGUGAGCAGGCCCCCACCCUGGCCUUGCUGAAGAAAGACGCCAACAGGAAUGGUGGGAGUCCGACGAAGGGCCGCAGGGGUCGGUCUAAGGGUCGCACAGGCACCAUCCGCAAGCCAGCCUACUGGCUCUCCCACGAGGAAACCACGGCACCCGACGCAUUGGGCGCUGUCGCCGACGGUGAUUCCAAAAAUCUAGACACAACAAAAGCCUCUGAAAGUGAUGCAGAGGACAGCAAUCUCCCUCUGCCCGAAGGCAGGAAGCGGCAGUCGGCGCAUAGCUCAAGCGACGGUGAAGACAACGACGACUCGUGCCGUACCCGUGGCAAGAGGAGCAAGGUGAAGGAGGCCACCCAGCAGCGCAGGAACCUCAAGACCCCCGAAACAUACCCACCCGGGAGCCAAGAGGAGCUGUGGAGUGUAGAGAUUGCUGAGACUGGUCAGGUGUCGUGCCCCAACUGCCGCGCUGCCAUACGCAAGACAGUGGAGGGAAUCAGGAAACAUCUGCAGGACUGCACAGAGGAUGGGCUCAAGUGCGAGCACUGCUCCAAGGAAUUCAAGUCCAUGGCAGGAAUCAAGUACCACCUGUUGGCUGAACACAACCAGUGGCUGAGGGUAAAGACUGGGGAGGUGCCGGACGAGCAGACUGACAGGGAACGACUGAGACAGGUGAUCAAGCGCAUAGGCAAGAUCAAGUGUCCACGGCAGGGCUGUACGGCAUCAUUUUUGAGCCUCAUGGGAUAUCAGUACCAUGAGAAGCGCUGCGGUAAGGACACGGUGGAGCUGGAAGCUAUGAAUUACAAGUGCGUGCACUGCAGCCGAGAGUACCACUCCAAAGCGGGACACGACUACCACAUCAAAGCCAAGCACAGCCCGGCUGCCAACAAAGGAGGUAUGGGGGGCGAAAACGACAUGCGGGGCAGUGAUGAUGGCAAUGAGGACAAUGGCGAGCGCGGUGGUGAUGGGAUGCGGGCGGAGGGCAAUCGUGUGCCCCGCAAGUCGGCAACGCGGGCGGUGCGCCAGAUGCAUGAGCUGGUGGCGAGCGAGCUGGCACGCGAGUGGCCCCUGCGCAAGAUCAAGGACGACCUGGUCCCGCACAGCAAGCAGCUAAGGUACACGAGGCCAGGCCUGCCAAACUUCAUACCGAAAGUUCUGGAAAAGUGGCGUCGGGAUGUGAAGAAGAAGGGCGAGGUCAUAUGUCCCAACCAGGGUUGCUCAUCAACAUACACAAGUGUGUCUGGGCUGAGAGGACAUUUGAGCAGCUGUGAAAAGGGAGAGCACAUCACUGGCCGAUACAAGUGCCUCAUCUGUCAGAAGGAGCUGAGCUCGGAGAGUGGGGUCAAGUACCACAUCACCAACAAGCACGACGUCAACUGGUUCCUGGAGUCGAGCAGCAGCUCUGGGGGAAACUUGGGCGCCAAGGAUAAGAGGAAGGGGGGGCCUGGGCAGCAGCAUAAAGUCAUGCCAGAUGCUAGUGCUGCUGUUGCCGCCGCCACUGCCACACGAACCGGGUUACCCAAGCAAGGCCGGGGACGCCCCAAGGGUGGCUCCCUGCCCAAGCGAGGACGUGGGCGUCCACGACGCCCCGUCGAUCCGGCUGGUAACGGUGCCACCACCACCAGCCUGGUAAAGCGAGGUCGAGGGAGACCCAAGCGCAUUCCCAACAAUGCGGAAUCUGCAGCAGAAGAACACAUUGGUGGUGGCACCAAAGGGGAGGCAGUGAAAAGCAAGCAGGGUCGCGGCAGGCCCAGAAGCACAACGGCCGCCACCAGCAACAAAACUGGAGGAACUGCAGGGAAGUUUGGAAUGGAAGGAGGACCAGGAGAAGAUGGAGUUGUCGAGGAGGAGGCGACUCUGGGAGAGGGUGUGGCCAUGAUGGAUGAAGAUGCCGUGGUGAUGCUUGGAGGGGCUGGGGACGAAAUAGUGGUCAGCACAGGUUUUGAGAGAGGAAUUGGCGACAGAAAGGUGCGGGAUAAGAAUGAAAACAUAGGGAUGGCAAUUGUGCAGCUGACACGGGUAGAUGAGGAAGAGAUGGAGGAGGUGCAUUUGGAAGUAGAAGGCAUCACGGGGAUUGAGUGGCAUAAUCAUCCAUGAAAACUAAAAGGAUGAUAAUAUACCAUGGACCAUUUUGCAGUGAUUUUUUUUCACCAGUCCCAUCCCACAUGGUAUUUCCACUCCAUUUUGGGUUAGAUGUUGACAAAUGUUCCAGCUUUUAAUGGAGUAGCACAGCUUCAAUGAAUGUGGCUGAAAUCUAGAAUCAGUCAAUUAAAGUUGUAAAUGCACAAUAUUUGUGACAAGUAUUUUAAAGCAAGAAAACUUAAGGCUGCAACAUUUUAAUACUAUUUAAAUGGUCAAUUGUUGAGAUUCAUAAUGAAGUUUUUUGGGUUAGAUCGCGUAAGUAUAAAUGUGUUGUAACUCUCCACCACCCGACACAGCCAGUAAGGUUUGUCACGUAAACAACGUGGCAAUUAGUUACUACUUCAACCCACCGGUGUGUUGGAGAGUAAUUCCACAUCAUUUACAAUUUGAGUACAACAUUUCGCUGGUAAUUACAUCCAGCAUUAUUUGGCAAUUUUCCAGAACAGUGAAGAAAUCCACCUGCUUCCAGUCUCAAUUGCCCGAUCAUGCUGGAAGUAAUUACCAUCGAAACGUCGAUGUAAUUGCAUAUACUUUGCAUGGAUUGAUAUACCUGGUCAUGUGGCAAAAUGCACUAAACGUCGUAAAAUAUUGUCAGUAUAUCUUGCUUAUUUGAAGAAAUAAGUGAUUAGAAUAUUUGUUGCAGCCUUAAACUUAAGUCAAUGAAUAACCCUGUGGCAUAACUUCUUAAAAUAAUGAAAUUGCCCUUUUAGCGACCUAUCUCAAGCUCCCUCGGUAUGGUUGUGGAACCCUCAUGUCCAAUCGUGAUUCUUAUAAUUAUUUAAAAGAUAUGCGUUAUCCUAGGUAUGUAUAUUUUUAAUUGCUGCCUUGGCCAUAUCGAAGGAAGUCUACAGAUCUGAUGUGCUUGGCAAAAUACUGCACGAUACAUUUAAUAUGAAUAAAUUAGAACCAUGAUCUGAAUACACUAUUUGUAAAUGACAAUACAGGGUUCGCUUCAUAGGUGAUAUAUUUAUGGUAAAAUAACGCACUGCAGAAACUGGAAUUGAACCAUUGACUACAUGCAAACUUGCAGUGGCACGCAUGCUAACCACUAGACCACCAAGUAUAUUGUGUGCAGUGCAUUCAGCCAUGUCGCAUU